AUGGGAUUGGCUGGAAACAACGAUGAGCUGAUCAACGGCAUCACCCCCGAGGACUGCGCCCGCCGCUGUGUACAAGGAACAACAACCGUUCCGAUUGGACAGUGUAGAUCAUUCGACUACAUCACAGACACAAUUCGGUGUGUGUUGAGCAAGAGUAGCACGGACGACGCAGGCGCGACUUUGGUGUCUGAUCCCAGAUCUGACUACUAUCACAGAAAUGAGUACUGCAUUCCAAACCCUUGCGUUAAUUUUCACGAAUCCUGUAUGAACGAAGCUAACGGCUACACCUGUACCUGUGAUGCGGGGUGGGAGGGAGACAGUUGUGACAUGUUCACAGGUACCAUUUACCCACAGCAUUGCGCUGAUCUGUCGGCUGUAGGAAUCCAGACCAGUGGUACUUAUCAUGUCGGCCAUCCACAGCCAUUCCCAGUCUCCUGUGACAUGGACACUGCCGGAGGUGGGUGGACGGUCAUACAGCGGCGGCAGGACGGGUCGGUAGAGUUUAACAACACCUGGGACGUGUACGUACAGGGAUUCGGUGAUGCAAGCGGAGAAGUAUGGCUAGGACUGGACCACUUACACAGUCUGACAUCACAGCAGCAGAACGAGUUGUAUGUCCACUUGGAAGACUGGGGAAAUCCAGCAGCCACUAGGUUCGCACGGUAUAGCACGUUUUCGCUACGUUCGGCCAAGGAGGCUGGUGGUUUCCGUCAAGUUGUGGCUAUGCCAUGUUAA